AUGAGAACCGCAGUUGUCCUUCUCGCCCUCGUCGUCCUCGCCUCUUCUCGAUCCAGUGAGUAGCUCUUUUUCGGCCUCUUCAUUUUGAGGAAUGUUUCAGUUGUGAAGCGAAACUCCUAUGGAGACGAGCAAGUGACUCCUGCUCCAGCUGCCCCAGCCGCCGAGACCACCGCUGCUCCAGCGGAACAGGCUCCAGUUGCCGUCGAACAGCCAGCCUCCACUGCUGCUCCAGCUCCAGUCGCCUGCGCUCCUGCUGCUCCAGCUGCCCCAGCCACCCAUGAUUCUGGAUACCGUAGCAAGAGAAACUCCUACGGAGAUGAGCAGGUGACUCCAGCUCCAGCUGCUCCAGCCGCCGCCGAGACUAGCGCCGCUCCUGCCGAACAAGCUCCAGUCGCUGUCGAACAGCCAGCCUCCACCGCUGCUCCAGCUCCAGCUUGUGCUCCAGCUGCUCCUGCCGCCCCAGCUGCCCCAGCUACCCAUGAUUCUGGAUACAGAAGCUAA